GUUUAGAACUUGUUUGAAAAUAUUUGUUCAAUUGUUCGAAUUGGAAAAGAUAGGUUAGAAAAAUGGCCCAUCAAAGGACUCUACCACAAAGUAAAGAAGCAUUAUUAAAAUCUUACACGACAAGGCUCAAAGAUGACGUGAAGUCCAUGUUGGAAAAUUUUGAAGAAAUAGUGAAGCUAGCCAAAGCAGACAGUGAGACACAACUGUCAAAGAUGUCCCAGAGUGAGCUGGAUACAUUUGAAAUGCACGUUCGGGCUGCUAAUAUUGUGAGGGCCGGCGAGUCGCUGAUGAAGUUGGUGUCGGACAUCAAGCAGUACCUGAUCCUGAACGACUUCCCGUCCGUGAACGAGGCCAUCACGCAGAACUCGAAGCUGUUCCGCACCAAACAGGUGGAGUGUGAUCAGAAGCUGAUGAGCUUGCGGGACGACAUGGCGGCUGAUCUCUACGACCUUGAGGAGGAGUAUUACACCUCCAACUACAAGCAGUGAUGGGCAACUCCUCCCCUGCUCGGGAGCUAGUGCUGUCUGGUUGCCAGUGAGAUAAUGUUACCAUGUUGUAUGUGCAGCCCUCCCAGAACUGCUUGAUGUGACUGCGACGGUGGCCGGAGGGUUGUAGGCGGUGUGGCGUCCGACGCACUCUUGUGUGCAGGCUUGCAGUAUUCAUGCAGACCCUCAUGAGCUGUGCUUUAUAGCAGUGGUUUUCAAAAAGCAUGCCCUGUAAUAUUCUGAAUACUCCCUACGGUAUUCCAGAAAAAUAUGUAUCCAGCUACAAAAAGAGAUAUUGUUACUCUAUUAUACCGUGUAAUUAUGGGUAUACCGCUCUUUUUGUUAACACAUCAUUAUUAUGUAUUGUGACCUAUGGUUUUGCUCAAACAAUGAUUCAUUUCAGGACAGCGCUAUAGUCACUCUUUACUGUUUCUAAACAAGCUGGAAUAAACGUUAUGUAUGUUGUA